AUGUCAAGAAAUCCGAAUAACGCAUUUGGACAGGAAAUCGCCAGUUUUUCGUAUGAUGAUCAGCGCCGCUUUUCGCUGGGAGAUGCAUCCCUGUCCUACUACUAUCCGCCGCGUCUGCCGGCGGACCUGAAUGUUGGCUUUGACACCUUCCAGAAGCUCGAUGAUGUCGCGGAUGAACAUCUGGACGCGCUCUUGGAAACGAUCAUUGCCCAUGAGAAAGAGACUGGGAAGAAAUGCGAAGCCGACAUCGUGACUUGGCGAGGGAUGAUGACCAAGAUUCUGGCUACUCCAUAUGAUAUGACGAAUGGAUUUGAAAUGAAUGCGACAUGCUUCCAGGGUACCAUAUUUAUUGAAGAAAAUAACGCCUAUAAAAACCAACAGAAGGAAAUCCAGCGCAAUCAAAGGAUGCCGCCAGGGAUGGCGUCCCAGGAACUGAUGAUGUACUGGGGCUACAAAUUCGAAGCCAUAUCGGUGCUUCGACAACCGUGGGAUCCGUCCUCCCGCGAGGAGAUUGAAGGGCGUGAGGAAGCAGUCGUCAACAACAGCGCGCAGUAUUGUUCUGUGGCCCGCACCGGGAUGGGUAAGGUGCGCAUGAUUCUCGGCGGGGAGGUGGAUGCUGUAUGGGAUUGCAAACCGGAUCGAAAAGAAGAUCCCAUUCACUGGGUUGAGCUGAAGACGUCCGCGGAGAUCCGAAACGAUCGCGACAUGGUCAAGUAUGAGCGCAAACUACUCAAAUUCUGGGCGCAAUCGUUUCUCCUGGGGGUGCCCAAGAUCAUUGUAGGGUUCCGCGACCAAAAUGGGAUUGUCCGCAGCCUGGAGGAGCUCGAGACAGCGAGUAUUCCCGGCAAAGUGAAAAAGGUCGGCAGAGGGACCUGGGAUGGGAAUAUUUGCAUCAAUUUUGCGGCAGCCUUUCUCGAAUGGCUCAAACAGACCAUCCAGGAGGAUGGGACAUGGAGGAUCCGCAAGCAAGAGAAGUCGCCGGUGAUUGAAGUGUUCAAGUUGGAGGAGCAGGGCCAUGGGGAUAUUCUGUCCCCGGCAUUUAUCAGCUGGCGAUCCGCAAGUACUAGUGCUACUACUAUCUCCAGUACGGGUUCGCCCGGCGCGGUCCCGGGGGCGAUCCGGUCGCGUAAAACGACCAGUAUCGCCAAGCGCGCAUGCGACCAGUGCAAGUUCCGAAAGAUUAAGUGUAGCUUGUCGCAGCCCUGCAAGGCCUGCGAGUCCAUGGGCUUUGAUUGUACCUUUUUCCAGCCCCAGAAGAAGCGCGGUCCAACCGGACAUCGCGUGUCGCAAAUUCGCCAGCUGCAAACCCUGGGGAGCUGUCCUCCAGAAUCCCCCAAAGAUGCCUUUCAGUACCAGGCAUCGCCCUCGAUCGACCCCGCUCGGCCGGCGUCCAUGUCGGGUGCCUCUUGGACGCCACCGCAUGGCGAAGUGGCCAUGUCCAUUUCUAGAUCAGGCGGGAUGCCGCCCGCAGGAGCUCCAACCUCUGUCGCAGGGCCCUGGACGGCCGAUGCGAGCCCCUUAGAUUCUCACAGCAGCAGUGCAAUGAGCUGGAACGAGCCCACUGACGUGGAGUACUGGCUGCCAGAUAACCUGGAUGCCCAAGUGCCCAUGUUCGGGUUCCAGGGGAGCAAUAUCUACCUCAAACCAUCUCUUCCUUCCAUCGUGCAGCCCGUGUCCGAUGCAUCUGCCAUGGGCGUGGCUCCGCAGGAUUCUCAAAGCAUGCCCUUUUCCCCGACUGUGGGCUCACUGGCAUCAGACAGCCAAGAGCCAGAUACAUGGCCGUCUUCAAUCAUCGAAGCCAACAUGAUCCCCUGGAUUGAUGUCUACUUUGACCGACUGCACCCAACCCUGCCGGUGCUAAACCGGUCUUCGCUUUUCACACGGAUGCUGUCCCAAGAGCAUCGGAAGAACCCUCAGUUUGGAGCAAUGCUUUUGUCUCUCUGCGCUUUCUCUCUUACACAACCGAUCGAAAUUAAUGAACGACCCACGACUUCAUCCCGCGCUUCUCAGGCACGAUCCAUGAUGGAGGCAGCCACGAAAAUGCGGAGCUGCUCCGAUUUCGGGGAACAUCCCACGAUCGAAGCGGUCUUGACGAGUUUCUUUCAUUUUGGUUGUCUCUUUGGCAGUAAUCAGCAUAACGCAGCGUGGCUGCGACUCCGAGAAGCCCUGGAUCUUGCGGCUACGAUGGGGCUGAAUGAUCCAGACUCCUACCGUGACCUAUCUGGAGAAGAAAAGGGUCAGCGAUUACGAACAUAUCUUGUGCUAUCGAUCACAGAAAGAGCAUACGCUCUUCAACGGCGACAUCCCAUCACAUUCUGGGGAAAGCCCGGAUUCAGCAUGCGCUCAGUACACGACUUCAUCCACAACGCCUCGAACAGCCUGGUCUCUGGAAUAAUUGUGCACAACGAAAAAGACGCCGAAGGAAUGAUGGGUCUGGCACGACUGAUGGAAUUAUUUGACGCCAUCGACGAAGAUGUCAUCGACUGCUGGAACCGACGAUGCGAUAUCAACAACGGCUUUUGCCACAAGCUCACUGCAGCCAAGGCACUGUCAAUUCAUCAAAAUCUCGACCGUAUCAAUCAGGGUGAACGGUACAAAGGGUAUGACUGGUUUGAGCGAGCCAAGGCUGGCCGUAGCUCGGAGACGAAUCACGCUUUCAUGGCUAUGGGCCUGCGCGAAACACAGGCAGCGGAUGUUUUCAUCACGCAAAAAUGGCUUCAGAACCGAGUUUGGCUUCUGUGCUCGACUCAUGGUCUCCUGAGUGAUCGUUCCGAGCGGCCGGAGUUGAGUUUUCAUUAUCCGGUCUCCGUUGCAGAGUCGACUCUCCAGCUCUGUGUGUCAUUACGACUUAGUUCUAUGGAGGCCCACGGGAUUGGAUUGGCGGAGAAAUUGUUCGAUAUUGCCACUGGUGCAAUUGAUGUCUUUUGCAACAUGAACAUGGCUUCCGGAAUGACAUCGAUUUCUAACACCACAACGCCACAUGGCCUUGCAGAGGACUUUCUGCUGCUACUGACGACAUUCCGGGGAGGCAGCCAUCCAUUUCUGGAAAAGUUCAGAGCUCACCUGCGGUCAUUACGAAUUCUGGAGGACAAGAUCCCAGAUUGGCCCCAGCAAUGA